AUGUUAUUGAAUACAUUUUUGAAAUUGUCGUUGUUAAUUUUUGGCUUUUGUCAAUCUGUUUACGGACAAGCACGUAUUAUCAAUGGAACUGUAACAAACGUCCAGGCGUGCCCAUCAUGUGUGUAUAUAGCGGACAAAAGUGGUAAACUACUAUGUGGUGCUGCUCUUAUACAUACGAGGUUUGUUGCAUCUGCCGCUUCUUGCACCAAACCACAUAUUGCCGGUGCGAUGAAUGUGCAUGGUGGAAAGACUUAUCAAUUAGAAGCUGGAGAAGUUAUUCCAGUUAUCAAAAUGAUAUAUUCAAUUAAUUUCGACCAAACAACUUAUGAUUGGGAUAUAUCUUUAGCACAAUUGCAAAAUGCAUUUACAACAACAUUAGCUGUACCAGCACCAAUUAACUCCAAUCCUUUAGAACCAUAUCAAGUUCUAAGGUUUUAUGGUUGGGGUGAAAUUUCGGAGGGCGGAAAAGUUUCAAAUGUACUGCGUACAAUGCAAGUCUCAGUAAUGACCCCAGCAAGUUGUGAAGAAUAUCUUACACCACAAACAGCAAGACAAUUUUGUACAAAUUCCGUUUAUGUAGGUGCUUGUGAUAGAGAUCAGGGUGGCGGUUAUUAUGAUAAGGAUGGCCAGUGGUGUGGAGUAGAUAUUUGGAGUUAUGGGUGUGGUCGAGGUUAUCCUAAUCUUGGUACAAGAGCAUCAGAAAUUAACACUUUUAUUCAAAGAGCCAUCACAAAUAAUUUAUAA